AUGACCUACCCUACUCGAAAACAAGCAGACAGCACACAUUCUCCCCCCGAGCCCACUGCAGGACCUUCUUUCGAACAUGCGUUAUAUCUCCGUGAUGUUGCGACACAAUCCAUCCAGGGCUACUCCUAUUUGGGAUGCUACUCAAAUAAGCCCAAGGCUCCUUUGAAUGCGACUCACAUAAGCUUUGACCGACUUGAGCCACAGUUCUGCUGCGAGUGGUGUCGGAAUGUCAGAACAACAUAUGAGUUCUGCGGCGUCGGUGGCGGAAACUACUGUUUUUGCGGUUCGACUACCCAGACAGACCAAACUUUGCUCCCAGAAUCAUCAUGCAAUGCGCAGUGCUAUGGUGAUGGCCGGUAUGCCUGCGGUGGAUCCGGGGCAAUUGGUCUAUACAGUGCAACCACAUCUUUCACUCCCAUAACAACAACGGGCAUAACAAAGAUCUCGAGCAUGUCGAGCUACUCUUAUUACGGCUGCUAUACCGACUCUACUCGUCGAGUUCUUGGCGAGAUGCAGCGGUCAUUCCAGCUCAAUGAUCCACAAUUCUGUUGUGACUAUUGUCUAGGCGUGAGUACAGGCUAUCAGUGGUGCGGGGUGGAAAAUGGGCAUAACUGCUAUUGUGGCAGUACCACUAGCAGUGCGACUACAGCCAUGUCUACAGACUGUAGUAUAGGCUGCGAUGGUGCACCCGAUGUACAAUGUGGUGGAAGAUGGCGCAUGAAUAUCUACAGCGUAACAGUCUCACUUCCGGUCACCACAACGGCUAGCACGACUCAGACGGAUCAUGUAUCCACAGAGACAGCUGCGGCUACUUCUCUAGACAGCCAGAGUUCAGGCUUAGGGGGGGGUGCCAUAGCAGGAAUCGUCAUCGGCGCAGUUGCAGGGGUAGUUCUGGCGGCAAUCUUAUUUUGGAUCCUACGAUUCCGACGCAAAAGAGCUGGAGGGGGAACUUCAAGCAUGCGGCCAAGUGAACUUACGGGAGUCAACAACGAGCCCCGUGAGUUAUCUGUGCAGAACAUAUCGGAGUUCGCAGCCGAGAACUCGCAGCCUUCUGAACUGGAUUCACAUAAGGCAUCAGAGUCCCCUGCGGCGACUAUGCAGCGUGCUGAAUUAGAGGCAUAUUCCAAUCGAUAA